GUGUUGCUAUAAAUAGCCGGAUCAUUUUAUCACUGAUCAUAUCGUCAGUUUUAGUGAAUUGACUCUCAGGUUGGGAACAAUGUUUGCAAAAGGAGUCAUCAUCCUUCUCUGCGUCCUAGUGACCAUUUCUGAUGGAGCAAGAAAGCCUAAUUGCUGGAACCAGCCUAUCAUGUGCCCAAAAACACUUAGGCCCGUGUGUGGAACCAAUGGGAGAACAUACACCAAUGAAUGCCUUCUGUGUGCUGCGCUCAAGGCAUCAAGGACAAGGACAAUCUUAAUCCAGAAAGAAGGCCGGUGUUAUACACAUCUGCAGGAGUGACACAGGAAUGGCACCAUAAUUCACCUUGACAGACCUUUAGUCAGCUACUCAUGUCUCAUUCAUCAUGACCUGAAUGUGUAACGAUUUAAUCAAUAAAUAAAUGUUGCAUACUGAA